UGCCGGAAGUGCUUCAGGUGAAUCCCUCCGCCUUGCUCACGCAGCACACACACGCCACAAAGUGUCGGAAUAAGCAAAGAGUCGAGAAACAUAGUGACGAUAUGAAUCUCUCGGUAACUUCGUGUGUCCUCGUCGUGUAACGUGCUGGCUCCGUUUAGCUCGGUGCUCUUUCUUUUUUCUUUUUUUUUUGGCGCUUUGAAAGUGGCGCCGUCUGUGGCGGAGGCACCGGGAGUAAAUGAAAGCGUUGUUUGGAUCCGGUGAACAAAGAGCUUUUCUUCCCUCAACCAUUGUUACUGAGCGGGGCGCCUGUUUUCUAACUCGCCAAGAGGAGGUUUCGGACUGUUAAACAGCUGUUUGGGAGCCAGGUCCAAGUGACCGGCGCUUGUUGAGUUUGCCAUGCUUGCUUGUGUUGACAGGUGAGGAGGGGGGCGGUCAUUGCUCCAGUCAUGACCUCUGGCAAUGGGAACACUAACAGCAGCCAACACAAUGGAGAGAGCAAACCAGCCCAGGCCUUAGUCAAGUCCCACAUCCUCACCCAUCUGAUAGAAGGCUUCGUUAUCCAGGAGGGUGCCGAGCCUUUCCCUGUGGAACGUCCAUCUUUCUCAAUUGAGAGCCUCAGAAGACACACAGCAGAUUCAAAGAUGGAUGUCCUCUCACCAAAAGAAUUAAAGGCCCAGCAGGAGCCCAUGCUGACCUGUGAGCUGUGUGGCAGGGUGGACUUCGCCUACGUCUUCAAAAGGUCCAAGAGGUUUUGUUCUACCGUGUGUGCCAAACGCUACAACGUGGGCUGCACAAAGAGAAUGGGUCUCUUCCCGAACCGCAAAACCAACCUGGAGAACGUGAAGAAACAAAGAGCGCUGAACGGAAACGCGAAAAACUGCAAUUUAGAGUCCAAAAAGAAGACUCCCUCUGUGCAGAAGCCUGCUGCUGCUGCUCUGUCCACCGGUCACCCGGUCCACCCUGCGCAGGGAGAGUCCAGCCAGUGUUCAGACUUGUCUGGCUACAAAACACCCCUGCCUCCCCUGUCAGCCAGCCCACGGGUGCCAUCGGUGCAAGGCUCCGAGUUGCCCCUGUUGCCGUACAGCUUCCUGCCCAGUGACCCUGGCCAGUGGAACAUCGAGGACGUCUAUGAGUUUAUCUCCUCCCUGCCAGGUUGUCUGGAGAUCGCUGAGGAGUUCCGUUCUCAGGAGAUCGACGGACAGGCCCUGCUGCUGCUGAAGGAGGAUCAUCUCAUGGGAACCAUGAACAUCAAACUAGGCCCAGCUCUCAAGAUCUUUGCCCAGAUUAGCAUGCUCAAAGACUCAUAGCCCAUUUCACCCCGCCCCACACACACACACACACACUGCUCUCCAGAGCAGCUCUGCUGUGAUUUGACAAACACAACGUGCUCAGGAUCCCACAUGUUGACUAACUUUAAUGGAGUUCAGGUACCGGCCCAGAAUUGUUUGGAUUUUUUUGUCGUGGCCUGCUGAACACGAGGACAUCAGCUGGAACUGCUCGACUCACCUUUUACACUGAUCACUUCACUGUGGCACCGCUUCAGGAAACAGUCGGCCUGUACUUUGAUAAGAGUGGUGUGUUAGAUAGGCUGCGUGUCACCGACAACAUUUUGUUGUCAUCAUGCAUUACUGCAGCAAUCAUUUCUGCAGGAGAGACUGAAGGCUAGCAGUUGAUUUGUUGUAGUGUUCCUCGUAGGAGCACGCCUGUGAAGAUUUCAGAUCUGUUUGCUGUUUGGAAAAAAGAAAAUCAUCUCUGUGCAUCCGGUGCAGAGCAACAUUUAUUCCUACACCAGAACUUUCAUUCAGACCGCUCUAUUCUGGUCCUGUGCUGCUCUCGUUGUGAUCUCUGGACAUUUUCAGCGCCUGAGAGGCUCAUAAAUUUAAUUACAGGGACAAUGUUGAAAAUAGAAACUCACUGGAUGGUUGCAAUCUCUAUAGCAACUUAAAAUGACACCAGGCAGGAGCAAGGUAACACAAAUGAUCAUACUGUGACAAAGAACGUUCUCUUGCAUUGAAGUCAGUACAAACAAUAUAAAAUCAAAGGUUUUAAACGAAGGAGAAGAAAGAAUGUAAAGAGAAGCUGCAGGAGAAGACUGCCAUUAAAUUCAGCAGCACUGCUGCACAGUCACAGCUCUCCAGUUGGGAUCUUUAAAUGUACAGGUUGUGUGUUGACUUCGGGUGAAGAAACAUUUCUCUCUGUUGUUUUUAUUGGUUGUAAAAGUUAAAUCUCGUUUAAGUUUUGUGUACAUUUCACAAGGCGCUCUGUGACUGAAAUAGAGUUCCAGGAGAUGGCGAUGUAGGACCAUGAUGUGUAGUAUGACAGUCCUGUAUCAGGGGUAAGAUCCAGAAUGCACUGGUAGAAAAACCAUUUAACAACCCAACACAGAACAGUGUUUUUCUCUGCUUCCAGUCUUUGUGCUAAGCCAGACUAAAGAGCCCUGAUCCUGUCUCUACCGGGCUCACAGAUGAAGCCCAGGAGGAAUGUGGUUUAAUUCUUACCUCUGAAACAGCACCCAAGCCAAGCUACGAUUGAAUGACCAGUUGCUAAAUUAAUAGUAGUAAUUUAAGUCUGAAAACAUAUGUUUUUU